GGAUCUGUGUUUCUGCUUUGGCUCUCCAUUCUUCUUCUUCUUCCUCUUUUUAAAUAACCUGUUCUUCUCUUUCUUCCUCAUUCAUUCAGAGUGCGAACACUUUUCACAUCAGCUGUUUCCGCGCACAUCUCAGGCUGAAUCUGACAGACGAUGGGACGUCACGUGUCUCUGAAUAAACCGUGUUAACAGAAGGAAUCUGAAUCGUCUCUGACAGCCGGUGGAGGACGACUGAACCAAUCAGAACCCCUGAAGGUCGCUGCGUGCUCAGAGGUCAAAGGUCAUCAUGCAGAGCAUAAAGUGUGUGGUUGUCGGUGACGGUGCUGUGGGGAAAACCUGCCUCCUCAUCUCCUACACCACCGGAGCUUUCCCCAAAGAGUACAUCCCUACGGUGUUUGACAACUACAGCAGCCAGGUGACGGUGGACGGCCGGACCAUCAGUCUGAAUCUCUGGGACACGGCGGGUCAGGAGGAGUACGACCGGCUGAGGACGCUGUCCUACCCCCAGACCAACGUCUUCAUCAUCUGCUUCUCCAUUUCAAGCCCCGCCUCCUAUGAGAACGUCAAGCACAAGUGGCAUCCAGAGGUGAACCACCACUGUCCUGGCGUUCCCAUACUUCUUGUCGGCACGAAGAGCGACCUCCGGAACGACGGCGACAUUCAGAGGAAGCUGAAGGAGCAGAACCAGACACCGGUUACCCACCAUCAGGGCUCCGCCCUCGCACGCCAGAUCCAAGCCAUCCGCUACCUGGAGUGCUCCGCCCUCAACCAGGACGGCAUCAAGGACGUGUUCGCCGAGGCCGUGAGGGCCUACCUCAACCCGCAGCCCGUCGUCGCAAAGAGGCCCUGCAUACUGCUGUAAGACCAAACCGGACCAGACCAAACUGGACCAGACCGGAUCUGACUGGAACAGACUGGGCGCCUUCAUUCCUGAGAAACUGUUUAACAUGAAUGCUAAAAUGUGAUUUUAAUGUGUGGUUGUUAUAAAGAUUUACAGACAGAUUUUAAAUAAGACCAGGGAGAAUAUUCCAGCAUCUCUAAAGGCGUGUUUUAAAAAAAAUAUUUUUAAUCUUCCCAUGGCACGAUGGCGCCACAAUGUGCAGAUUUUGCAGGUUUAAGUAAAACCAACCAGCUGACCAGAUCCUGGAUCCAUCUAACAGGACCACAUCUCAAAAACGCCUCGACCUGCAGCUCAUAAACUCGAUCGCCUUCUGUUCCACCCUCUACUUCCUCUAUUUCUCCUAUUUAUUCCAAACAUUUGCAAAUAUACCAGAAGAAGAAGAAGGGAGCAUCUUUAAGACAUCUGCUUAUUUCUAUCCGCAGCGCUAUAAUCCCUCAUUUCUACGUACAAAUGUUGCAGGAAGUUCAUUCAUUCCUUAAUUCUCAACCAUCUCAGUCCUGUUUUUGUCCCAGUAAUCCUCAGAACACACUCUCUAAUCUACUGAAUGGAGAAAAGCGGAUAAAAGUGUCCUCUCUCCAUGACUCCAGGUAGUCUCCAUCAGGUCUCACCGUCUGUAAAGAAGUGCUCUUUGCAUCCUCUUAAGUGGCGUACGUGAGAAGAAACAAGGCCUUAAACAUGACCAGGAAAUAAUCAGGAGAAUCUUUAAUAAAUAAUGUCUGAGUGCAUCCUGUCAAGGCUGUAGUCCUUGCUAGUUGAACUCCUGCACAAAGAAAAGAAACCACUAAAUCUGUGCAGUCUAGGGAGCCUUCACAUCAGGGAUCUGAGUACACUUGAGCCCAAAUACCGGUUCCAUUUGAUCCGUGCAAAUACUCUCAGGAACUGAUGUGAGCACAACCGUGCUCGAGUACAGUGUGCUCAUCAUUGUGUACAGAAUUAAAGUUCAUUCCUAACCUCCAAUUUCCACAUACAGUGACCAUGCCACAAUCCACCGGAUUGUGGAGCAAAUUGCUCGCUCUCUAGUCUAUCUGAGCGGUUCCACUGCCUGCGCUCCUGUCCGGCAGGCAUGUCACUGAAUUGCCACUUCGCUCGGCUUCGUUCGAGAUACACGGCAGGUUUAUAUUCAGCGCAGAGACGCUGCCAAACCGCAUCAAUGCCCAUCGAUCAGAAAGCUUCAAACUGGAAGUCACAAGCGUAGAAUGUCUGGUUCUUUCAAAAAACAACACAAUGCACAGACUCCUGACUUCUGAGGAUACUUAGCCAAAGAAUUUUACAAUAACCACAGAUUCUUUAAGCAAACAUUAACCUUUACCUUCCUGAUGUACUAACCCAAUGGAAGCAAUACUAUCAACGUUCCAGACACGCCUCCAGUGGGUGAGGUCGCUUGCCUUCGGUCGGAGCAAACCCGCAGCGCAGUUGUCGUAUGUGGAAAUUGCGGGUUACGCCCCCAAUCUCCUCAAAAACCCUCACACAGGUCCAUUCCCUCCUCUGAGCUGCACUGUAGAUGUGGAAGCAGGAAGAGGGUCGUUGUUGGCUCCUUUAGAGACUGAUUUACGACGUAGCCUACACCAUCGAUCCUCCUCGGCCGAGGCCUGUGCAUGAAGCCGAUGUCCUCAAAAUACUAACCAGGCAUUGAGACGAUGCAGGCUGCAAGCCUUGUGAUUGGUCCGUUGGGUAGCACUGGGUGACUACCAGUCUCUGAGUCUACAGACACUCAGCUAGUCAGAUCUACCCGCCAGUAUCAACAACACCAGACGUGCGUUUCCUCAUCCAUGUGUCUCUCGAUGGUCGUACGCCUCAGCUGAUUCAGCAGCCGUACUCUGCAUCACCCCCGACGUCUCCUCGCUUUUCCUCUCUGCAGGAAAAUCAACAGGUGAUCAGAUUUUAUCAACUCACACAUAAUACACUAGCUUUCAGUGGCCUGUUGUUCAACCAAGCAGGACGUAAAGACCAGACUGCUGAGUGGCGUUUUGGCUUAUUAUUGCAGAACGCCACAGACACACUAACGAAUGAGCAUGUAGUGUUCACAGGCCAAAAACAACCACAGUAGCAGGAUGGACUCAACACGUCUGGAUCACUGCUGUGGUUUUCUUCUUCCUUCUUCAUCUUGGCAGAUUUUAAACCAUCUUCCACCAAACCACCGACUGUCUCAGCCUGUGUAGAUAAAAAAGAGCGCUCAGGAACAGAACAAUGUUAGGAGGGGCACUCACGCUCAGGCACGCUACAAAACAAUGGCGCCUUAUGUGAGUCAGCCACAGUCUGAAGACUUUCAUACAUUCAUCCGUCUCAUUAAACCCGCCUUAAACAAAGAUAAACGAUACCAAAGCAUCACUCCAGCCCUGCAGUCUGCUUUAGUUUGUAGCAGGGGUAAAGAAAGAUCAACCCAUAAAAAAACAGACACAUUAUUUUACAACUAGUGGAAAUAGAAAGUAAAAAAACGUUUUGACAUUAGCGUUGGUCGAUGAAUCUCCACCAAAACCAGAGAAGAAGACGACCAAAGAGUGAUGACUGCAGAUGGGUUAGUGUUUUUAUUCCAGGAGAAAAGGGGCCACAUGGAGAAGAUGGAAUCUCACCGGAUGCUAACGUGGUUACAGAAUUUAUUCACCAAUUAUUUAAAGUUUUUAAUUGGGCUGAUAAAAAAGCACAUCAUUAGUCGCUGUUUUGCUAAUAGAGACAAUCAGAAGUGAAGGAGCAGUGAGUGUUUAAUUCUGAUCCACGGGAAAACUCUGAAGAAUAUUCUGAUCUAAAAACAGGUCGAGGUUCCUUUAAGAAUUCCUGAAUGUAAACAAAGAGGAACCGUUAGCCUCAGAGCUAACAUGGCUAAUAAUGAAGGUAAUGUUAGAGAUGAUGGAAUGAGACAAAAUACUGAAUUCAAACUUAACAAUGCCAUGAAUUUUCAUGACUGUUUGUAGAAUUUUACUGUAUUUUAUUUAAAUAUUAAAUAAAAAGUAAAUCA